CGCGGCGGCUGGAGGCUGUGACCUGAGUCCGGCGGCCCUGCAGGGGUCGCUGAAUGGCGGCUCGCUGAGGCGGUGGCGGCUCCUCCGGGCGUGGCGUGGCGGCGGCCGGAGUGAUGCUACUCAAGCUUCUACAGAGACAGACCUAUACCUGCCUGUCCCACAGGUAUGGGCUCUACGUCUGCUUCGUGGGCAUCGUUGUCACCAUCGUCUCCGCCUUCCAGUUCGGAGAGGUGGUUCUGGAAUGGAGCCGGGAUCAAUACCACGUUUUGUUUGAUUCUUAUAGAGACAAUAUUGCUGGAAAGUCCUUUCAGAAUCGGCUCUGUCUGCCCAUGCCAAUUGAUGUGGUCUACACCUGGGUCAACGGCACCGAUCUUGAACUGCUAAAGGAACUAAAGCAAGUCAGAGAACAGAUGGAGGAGGAGCAGAAAGCAAUGAGAGAGAUCCUUGGGAAGAACACAACAGAACCAACUAAAAAGAGUGAGAAGCAAUUAGAGUGUUUGCUGACCCACUGCAUUAAGGUGCCAAUGCUCAUCCUGGAUCCAGCCCUGCCAGCUAACAUCACACUAAAGGACCUGCCGUCUCUCCAUCCUUCUUUUCAUUCUGCCAGUGACAUAUUCAAUGUUGCCAAACCAAAAAACCCCUCCACUAAUGUCUCAGUUGUCGUUUUCGACAGCUCUAAGGAUGUUGAAGAUGCCCAUGCUGGAAUGCCUAAAGUAAACAGCAGACAGACAGUUUGGAGGGGCUAUUUGACAACUGAUAAAGAAGUCCCUGGGUUAGUGCUAAUGCAAGAUUUGGCUUUCCUGAGUGGAUUUCCACCAACAUUCAAGGAAACAAAUCAACUCAAAACAAAAUUGCCAGAAAAUCUUUCUUCUAAAAUAAAACUGUUGCAGUUAUAUUCAGAUGCAAGUGUAGCACUUCUAAAGUUGAAUAACCCCAGGGGUUUCCAAGAACUGAAUAAACAAACUAAGAAGAACAUGACCAUCGAUGGAAAAGAACUGACCAUAAGUCCUGCAUACUUAUUGUGGGAUCUGAGUGCCAUCAGCCAGUCUAAGCAGGAUGAAGAUGUGUCUGCCAGCCGUUUUGAGGAUAACGAAGAGCUGAGAUACUCAUUGCGAUCUAUCGAGAGGCACGCACCAUGGGUUCGGAAUAUUUUCAUUGUCACCAAUGGGCAGAUUCCAUCUUGGCUGAACCUAGAUAACCCUCGAGUAACAAUAGUAACACACCAGGACGUUUUUCAAAAUUUGAGCCACUUGCCUACCUUUAGUUCGCCUGCUAUUGAAAGUCACAUUCAUCGCAUUGAAGGGCUGUCACAGAAAUUUAUUUACCUAAACGAUGAUGUCAUGUUUGGGAAGGACGUCUGGCCAGAUGAUUUUUACAGCCACUCUAAAGGCCAGAAGGUUUAUUUGACCUGGCCUGUGCCAAACUGUGCCGAGGGUUGCCCGGGUUCCUGGAUUAAAGAUGGCUAUUGCGACAAGGCUUGUAAUAAUUCGGCCUGUGAUUGGGAUGGUGGUGAUUGCUCUGGUAACAGUGGAGGCAGUCGCUAUGGUGCAGGAGGCGGGGGCACCGGCAGUAUUGGAGUUGGACAGCCCUGGCAGUUUGGUGGAGGGAUUAGCAGUAUCUCUUACUGUAAUCAAGGAUGUGCAAAUUCCUGGCUUGCUGAUAAGUUCUGUGACCAAGCCUGCAAUGUCUUGUCCUGUGGGUUUGAUGCUGGCGACUGUGGGCAAGAUCAUUUUCAUGAAUUGUAUAAAGUCACACUUCUCCCAAACCAGACUCACUAUGUUCUUCCAAAAGGUGAAUGCCUACCUUAUUUCAGCUUUGCAGAAAUAGCCAAAAGAGGACUUGAAGGUGCCUAUAGUGACAAUCCAAUCAUUCGACAUGCUUCUAUUGCCAAUAAAUGGAAAACCAUCCACCUGAUAAUGAACAGUGGAAUGAACGCGACCACAAUACAUUUCAACCUCACAUUUCAAAAUAAAAACAAUGACGAGUUCAAAAUCCAGAUAACAGUAGAGGUUGACACAAGAGAGGAGCCAAAACUAAAUUCUACCACCCAGAAGUCUUACAAGCAUUUGGUUAGCCCCAUAACACUUCUUCCAGAGGUGGAAAUCCCGUUUGAAGAUGUCCCUGUGGGAAAACGCUUUCCAAAGUUCAAGAGACGUUAUGGUAACACAACAGAGAUCCCCCAAGAGGAGGCAAAAAUCCCCCUGGUCAAUAUUUCACUUCUUCCAAAACAGGUCCAACUAAGUCUCAGUAACUUGGAUUUGCAGCUAGAGCGUGGAGAUAUCACUUUGAAAGGCUACAAUCUGUCCAAGUCUGCUUUGCUGAGAUCAUUUCUGAUGAACUCACAGGACGCUCAAGCGAAAAUAAGUGAAGCUAAAUUAACAGAUGAAAGAAAUGACAGUUCGCACGCCCCACUGGAAAAACAAAUUCACAAAAGCAUCUUGGCAAACAGCUUAGCAUCUGAAAGAUUACAGAGGCCUACUUUUCCAGCAGUGACGACAAAGAUGAAGGAUCACCCCCAGGGCCUGAAUCUACCCCAGGACUUGGAGAUACAAAAAGUAGGAGGCGGAGGUGCAUCAAAUGCAAAGCUCUCCUCUCUGAUUGUCUCACAUGUGACAAAAGAAAAGAAAGGGAAAAAAGAAGAGAAAAACAGAGUGGAGGAAAAUCCUAAAAAUAACAUAGGUGUUAAUGAAGUAUUACCUGGAAGAAAACUGCAGCAUUAUAUAGAAGCUUACCCGGGCUUUCUGCCAUGGGAGAGAAAGAAGUAUUUCCAAGAUAUCCUUGAUGAAGAAGAAUCACUGAGGACACAAUUGGCGUAUUUUACCGAUAGCAAGCAUACUGGGAGGCAACUGAAAGAUACGUUUGCAGAUUCCCUCCGCUAUGUCAAUAAAAUUCUAAACAGCAAAUUUGGAUUCACGUCUCGGAAAGUCCCAGCACACAUGCCUCACAUGAUUGACCGAAUUGUUAUGCAAGAACUGCAAGAUAUGUUCCCUGAAGAAUUUGACAAAACGUCAUUUCACAAAGUCCGCCAUUCUGAGGAUAUGCAGUUUGCCUUCUCUUAUUUUUAUUAUCUCAUGAGUGCAGUCCAGCCACUGAAUAUAUCUCAAGUUUUUGAUGAAGUGGAUACAGACCAAUCUGGUAUCUUAUCUGACAGAGAAAUCCGAACACUGGCUACCAGAAUUCACGACCUGCCUUUAAGUUUACAGGAUUUGACAGGUCUGGAACAUAUGUUAAUAAAUUGCUCCAAAAUGCUUCCUGCCAAUAUCACUCAGCUAAACAAUAUUCCACCAACUCAGGAAGCAUACUAUGAUCCCAAUCUGCCACCAGUCACUAAGACUCUAGUUACCAACUGUAAACCAGUAACUGAUAAAAUCCACAAAGCAUAUAAGGACAAAAACAAAUAUAGGUUUGAAAUCAUGGGAGAAGAAGAGAUUGCUUUUAAAAUGAUCCGUACUAACGUUUCGCAUGUAGUUGGCCAGCUCGAUGACAUAAGGAAAAAUCCCAGGAAAUUUGUUUGCUUGAAUGACAACAUUGACCAUAAUCAUAAAGAUGCCCAGACAGUGAAGGCUGUUCUCAGGGACUUCUAUGAAUCCAUGUUCCCCAUCCCAUCCCAGUUUGAGCUGCCAAGAGAGUAUCGCAACCGUUUCCUUCAUAUGCAUGAGCUGCAAGAAUGGAGGGCUUAUCGGGAUAAAUUGAAGUUUUGGACCCAUUGUGUACUAGCAACAUUGAUUAUGUUUACUGUAUUCUCUUUUUUUGCCGAACAGUUAAUUGCACUUAAGCGGAAGAUAUUUCCCAGGAGGAGAAUACUCAAAGAAGCUAGUCCCAACCGAAUCAGGGUAUAGAAGGUCUUCAUUUGAGUAUCGUCUACCUCAGUGUUUACUGAGCGUUUUAAAACUUGGAGCCACCAAGAUGUCUUCAUGAUGUGAUUCUUAGCCAGCUCGGCCUGAAGAAGGAAUAAUGUCCAGUACAAUACUUGUUUUGUGGCGUGACUGUAGCCCACUGACCAGGAAUUGUUUAACCAAUACCUUGAAAACUUGUGCGUUGAGCAGCUCUGAACUGGUUUUACUUUUAAAAAGCCUUUGCUCAUGGACCUGUCAUCCUUUUUAUAAAAAAAAGCUCACUGACAAGAGAUAGCUGCUAAUUUCCCAUAGCAACCAUUGCAAGCAAACUUUAAUAUGAGAAGCCCAGGUCAGCUUGGGAGCAAUUGCUCAGAGAUCCCGGCCUUUGCGUUCCAAAGUCAUUUGCUAUUUUUUUCCCUUUUCUAUUUCCCAUUUUUUAAAUAAGUAGCUACUAAGUUAACUAGUUAUUCUCACUUCUGAGAAUAAUGAAUUGGGAUAUCUGAACAUGUUUUUAUAGAUGUUAUUUAAAUAAUGCAGCAAUAUCACUUUUUAUUGGCAAUAUCUAAAUUAUGGAUUUUUUUAUUAAUGUGUAAAACUGUAAAUGGUGUCCAGCUACUGAAGAACUCAGUGACUUAUAUCUGAAAUGCUUGUUCUUGUUUAUUUCAGCCCAUAAGAAUACUGUGAUUUCAUGUGGAGACCUAACUACAAAGGGCUAGAGUUAAAUAGCAGUGCUACUUUCCAGAUGUAAUUAUGUUAUAAAAAAAAAACAUAGAAAUGUACAUAUUCAAACAGAAGUGCCUCAUUUUAGAAAUGAGUCCUGCUAAUGGUACCUGUACGUUGCAGUGGUGGUUUGUUUAAUGCUCAUCAGUGUAUUCCAGUAGUGCUCUCUCUCAGUUAUUAUGAUAAAGAGUUACUACCAUUGCUGUGGAGUCAAUUCCGACUCAUAGCGACCCUGUAGGACAGAGUAGAACUGCUCCAUAGGGUUUCCAAGGCUGUAAUCUUUACUGAAGCAGACCACCACAGCUUUCUCCCACGGAGCAGCCAGUGGGUUCCAACCACUGACCUAUUGGUUAGCAGCAGAGCGCUUAAUCACUGGGCCACCAGGGCUCCUUUCAUAAAGAACAGGGGUCAGCAGACUUAGAAGGCCAGAUAGUAAAUAUUUUAGGCUCUGCAGGCCACAUCUGUCUCUGUUGCAUAUUUUUCUUCCUUUUUUUAAACAGCCCUUUUAAAAAUGUAAAAACCAUGUCUAGCUUGCUGCUAUAAAAAACAGGCCACUACAGGCCACAGGCCAUAGUUUGCUGACGCCUGGUAUAGAGAAUUAGUAUUUUUAUGUAUGGGGAAGCCCUGACAUUCAGCCAUAUUUUGUUUAUGUCAUUAUACAGUGGAUUUGUGGAGACCAGAUACCAUGAGUCCUCUUUGAGCUUUCCGACAAGUGUUUUAGAUCAUGAUCUCACGAGUAUUCUUUCAAAAUGGCAUACAUAUUUUGUAAAAAGAACUUGAAAUGUAAAUACUGUGUUUGUGCUGUAAAAGUUGUGUAUUUCAAAAACUGAAAUCUUCUAAAGUUAUUUUGUCUGAAACUUUGAUUUUUAAAUCGUUGAAGAGUGAGUUUAUUGUUAUCCAGAUUCAGUAACCACUUGAGUGCCUAUACAGUAUGUAAGGUUCUGUGCAAGACAAUUUGACUAUUUGUACCGAACAAUAAGAAAAUUAAACGGAAAACAGUGCAAAGAGAGGGUAGUAUUAGAAUAUACUGGAGAAGGUUAUAAGGAGAAAAUAGGCUCUAAUGUUUGAAUCUGCCAGGUGCUCCUCGGAAACUCUAUGGGACAGUUCUACUCUGUCCUGUAGGGUCCCUAUGAGUCAGAAGCGAUUCGACGGCACUGGGUGGGCUGGGUUUGAUGAAAUUUAUCAUAUGAUAAAAAUGGAAGGGGCAUCUGGAUAUCAUUCUAGAAGUAAAGAAUUUAUUCUAGAAAGGUUAUAGAGAAAUGAACAUUUGGGUGUGGAAAUUUCUGUGGUUGAAUAAACAAACAAAACAAAAA